AUGGGCUCUAUAGGGUUGACUGAGGCCGAGGCAUUAAGGUCGGACACGAAAUUCGAGGCAGAAGGAGACCGGAUAUCUUGGGGCCAGUCAGCCGUUCCCACUCAGGGGCUCAUGAACCCGAGGCAGUCGCGAUUCCCAGGGAGAAGGCGACAGGAAAAGCAGUCUUCCUCACAGGGAGAAAGGAGAAUUUAUAAAGUGGCCAAGCAGCGUGCAAGAGCAAAGAGAGACAUCCCAAAAGUGACUGUGGUGAAGAGCGAGGUCGGACGGAUUCUGGCAGAGAAGGAAAAAGUGCUAAGGAGAUGGAGAGAAUAUUUUGAACGCCUGUUGAAUGUAGAUAACACAUGGGAAGAGCCACCAGCAGUGGAAGGUCCGAUACAGCAAGUAAGCCUGCAGGAGAUGUCAGCCGUCCUUAAGAAAACAAAAGAUUGGGGGACAAGCAUACUAGUGCCAGUGUAUAAAGAGAAAAGCAAUGUGUUAGAAUGUGGGAAUCACCGUGGUAUCAAGCUCUUGGAAUACCUCUUGAAAGUUAAGGAAAAGAUCCUGGACCAGAAGAUCCGAGAAGUGGUGGAUAUAGGAAACAUGCAGUUGGCUUUAGACCGGGGAGAGGCACGACAGAUUCUGGUGCCUAGAGAGCUGGUCUACUGGUGUCUACCGAAGAAAGGAGUCCCAGAGUACCUCAUUAACAUCGUGAAGGAUACCUACGAGAGUGUAACCACAAUGGUCAGAACACCACAGGGAACAUCGGAAGAAUUUGAAGUGAAAGUCGGCCUUCACCAAGGAUCAAGCCUGAGUCCACUCCUAUUCAUCAUAGUUAUCGACGUGGUGAGCGAGGAGUGUGGAGGAGGAUUGCUCUGGGAAAUGUUGUUCGCCGACGACUUGGUUAUUUCAGCGACGAGUGAAAAGAACUUGGAAGCACAGCUCAGGAAGUGGAAGAAGGCACUCGAGGGUCAUGAGAAGCAGCAAAGGAGCAAGAAGAGAGAUAAACAUCAAAUAGGAGAGCGGCGCAAAGUACGACCAAGUUGA